AUGAGAUCGAGGGUGGCGCUGGAGCCGCUGGCGGAGGAGCCCGGCGGCGGGGAGGAGGAGGCGGCGCGGCGGCGCUCGGGCCUCCACGCGGCGCUGCACCGGUGGGCGCGCCUCCUCUCCGGGGGCGCGGCAGGGGACGACGCCCGACCGGCCGCCGACCUGCGCGGGCUCCUCUCCGUGCUCGCCUGCCCGCUCUCCCCCGUGCCCCUCCUCCCGCGCCUUCCCCGCCACGUGGCGUCGUCGGCGCAGUACAUCAUCGAGCAGUUCAGAGCCACGACGGGGUGCGGGAAGCUCGAGGACGGCGCCGUCAAGAGCAUGUACGCGUCCGGCCGGGUGCGCCUCUCCAUGCUGCAGGAGCCCGGCUGCGGCGGGGGAUCAGGCGUCAUCGGCAGCGGCGGCGGGCGCGGCCACGAGGGGAGCUUCGUGCUGUGGCAGCUCGCGCCCAGCAUGUGGCUCCUCGAGAUGUCCGUGGCCGGGCAGAGCGUCGCCGCGGGCAGCGACGGCCGCGUCGCCUGGCGCCGCACGCCCUGGCUCGGCGCCCACGCCGCGCGCGGCGGCUCCCGCCCGCUCCGACGCGCGCUCCAGGGCCUGGACCCUGUGACGAUCGCGUCCAUCUUCUCGACGGCCGAGCACGCCGGCGAGAAGGAGGUGGACGGCGAGGACUGCUUCGUGCUGCGCCUGGACGUGGGCCCCUCGGUGCUGUCGAGCUGGAGCGACGGCACCGCGGAGGUGAUCCGGCACGGGCUGACGGGCUUCUUCAGCCAGCGCAGCGGCCUCCUGGCGCGGCUGGAGGACUCGCAGCUGACCCGGAUCCAGUCCCCCGGCGCGGCCGCCAUGUACUGGGAGACCACCAUCGCGUCGGCCGUGUCGGACUACCGCGCCGUGGACGGCGGCGUGGCCGUCGCGCACGCGGGCACGUCCACGGCGCACCUCGCCCGGUUCGGCGUCGGCGUCCGCGCCGCGCGCGUGGUGGCGCGGAUGGAGGAGUCGUGGACCAUCGACGACGUGGCGUUCAACGUGCCGGGGCUCGGCCCGGACGCCUUCAUACCGCCGGAGGAGGUCAGGAGGAGCCGGUCCUACGGCGCCGCCAUCGGCGGUGGCAAGUGA